AUGACGAUCGACGGACUAUUCAUAUAUCAGAGUAUUACCAAUUUGAACUAUAUGAUGCACAUACACAAUUGUUUGGUCAUCUGUUGUGUUGCAUUGGUUGUGAUUAAAAAUGUAAAAUGCGAUACGCCGGAUGAACCAGUCGAUGGAAGCAGCGAAGGCUCUAAUUUCAAAAAAAUUGACUAUCCCAAUGGUGAUCAUUAUGAAGGUGAAUUUAAAGAUGGAGAAAAAAACGGCAAAGGUACCUUCACUUUUGCUGAUGGAACGAAAUACGUUGGUACAAUGAAGAAAGGUCUGUUCAAUGGAGAAGGUGUGAUGACAUGGAAAGAUGGUGAUCGAUACAAAGGCAGUUUCCUCAAUGGUGAAAGAAGUGGAAGUGGUACAUACUAUUUUAGAAAUCAUGGGCAGUAUGUAGGCGAGUUCAAGAAUGGUCAAUUCCAUGGAAAAGGUGUGGAGACAUGGCCAAACGGUGACCGAUAUGAGGGAGUAUUUGUGAAUGGCAAAAAGACUACAAAUGGUGUCUAUUAUUUCACUGAUGGAACGAAAUACGUCGGCACAUUCAACGGUGAUCUGUUCAAUGGAGAAGGUGUGAUGACAUGGGUGAAUGGUAAUCGAUAUGAGGGAAACUUUGUUAACGGCAAGAAAACUGGAUCUGGUUUCUAUUAUUCUGGCGAUUCUGAACUAUUCAUUGGCUCCUUUCUUAACGGUCAAUUCAACGGAGAAGGAAUUUAUAGAUAUGCAAAUGGUAAUUUGCUCAUCGGUACAUGGAAGAAUGGAAAGAAGAACGGUCGAAGUAGAUUGAUUGAUGCUGACGGCACGGUGAAAAUAAUUAAGUGGAAGGACGAUGAAUUAAUUAAACUAAUCAUACUCUAA